AUGUCUGUGAAUGAUUUGAUUGGUCUUUCACUCGACGAAAUUAUUGCACGCGGUGGCCCAAAAUUUCGCACAAGCCGACGUCCGGGUACUGCUAGACGUGAAGGUGGCGUACGGGGUUUUCGUGGUGGCAUCCGCCGAAUUCCUGUAGUUACCAGUCGGCGUCCAAAAGGGAAUUUUCGUCUGAAUAAUCUCAAACGUGAUAUCAACAUGUGCAUUGUGAACAUUUCAAAUCUUGGACCAAUGGUCACUACGACAGAUUUACAGGAACUGUUUGCAGAGCAUCCUUACGAGGACGUCGCUGUGCAAUAUGAACCAGAUGGUAGCCCGUCUGGAACUGCUGUUGUAAUAUUCAAGAGAUUCGAGGAUGGUAUGAAAUUGAAAAGGCAAUUUACUGGAGUAAGACUAGAUGGAAAAGCAAUGGAUUUAUUCGUAUUAACGAAAAACGAUUUUAUGAGAGGUGCCUCAAAGGCUAGUUCUUUUUCUCAGGGUCGAGUAACAAAAAGAGGAGCGAGAAGUAAUGUUCGAUUUAGAAAUAAUGGUUUGAUGAAAAGGAAGACUAGUGGCUUUGGCCGAUUGAGGAAUACAUCUCGGAAACCACAAGUGACAAGUGAAGAGCUGGAUCGAGAACUGGAUGCUUAUAUGCGCGGUUCUAAACAUCCAAAAGUUUCAGCUCCAUAA